AAAAAUAAUAAAAACGUUGCAAGGUUGCAUAGCGGUAUAAAACAUGAGUUUAAAGAUAAAUGACAUUAAAAGUUGUAUUAUAUCCUAGUUACAGUUCACAGAUUGUACAAUGAAGUUUAUGCUCUGGCUACUUGCCCUAUCAGGCUACAUCAUAGUAGUAAAAUGCUCCCUGAGCCCCUUAGUCAUCAACCCAGGAGGCAUCGGAGGGAUUUUCAAAGGACCCAACUCAGAAACGAUAAUCAAGGGGCCAGAUGGCAGCGUUAUCACAUCAGAAUCUGAGGGGGGCGAAAUCCACACUGGUACUGGAUUUCAGCCCAUUGUGGUAGCUGAAACCGUAGACAUCAGUGGGCAAGCUGAUUCAGAAAUCAAUGCUAUCGCAUCCUUUGGCACUACAGGUACCGUGGAUUUGUUUCAAAACGGAGAUCAAGCUGUUCUACCAGUGUUAGGACCAGUUGGAGGGCAUCUUCCAGUAACUAUAGCUCCACCACUGGAACCCGUAAUAUCAGCAACUGCAGCUCCCACAUUAGCUUCGGCAGCACCUGUGAUUACUCUGAAUGCGCCCAUAGAGAUUGCACAGCAGGAGCCUCACAUAAUUGAGACAGAAAUCGUAGAUACUCCUGUUAUUGAGCCAAAUCAAUCUUCUGAUUUGAUAGGACCAUCUGGGAGAAUUUCAACAAGAGGGUCCAGCUCAAUUAUUUCUGGUCCAGCUUCGACAACGAUUUCAGAACCAGCAAGAAUAGCGGUAGUAGCUCCUUCUGUACCAAUUGUAGUAUCUUCUAUCACUACUCCAUUGCAUCAUACUCCGCUUGUACAGGUCAACGAAGAGAUACCCCUAGCAGUUUCCAACCCUCUGAACUCAAGAGCAGUACCAGCAAGUGAUCCCAGACUACCGCUCAUUCCAAUCACUGCUCCUCCAAUAAAUGUAGAUUCCACCUUAGUUCCAUCUCUUGGCAGCAGUAGCAUAGCACAUCCAUCAGAUUCAAAAUAUAUUGAUACGAAAUGGGGUUCCACCUUGGCACCUCCAUUACUUAGAAAUUCUCCAACAUCUGACGGUUACCAGGGGAAUGUUGUAGGUAUAAGUUCUACUUUAGUGCCAUCAGUAUUAGGACAAGAUUGGGAUGAUAAAGUUGUUCCUCAAAUACAAUAUUCGACUGUUUCAUCUAUAAUCGACGAAAAUCAAGUCUGGAGUUCUACGAUAGCAUCACCUGAUUCAUUGGGUAGUAACAAUAACAUAGUGCAACCCUCUUCCUCAUUUGGUAUCAUCAAUAACUUAGAUGUUGACAGGAGGAUAGUUUCUACUACUCCUAGUCCCGAGCAAUCAACACCAUCGACAAUACUAUCGUCAACCGAUAUAUCAAUUCAGGCAGGAAGCAAUCUACAACAAAAUCUCGAUCAAGCACUGGCUACUAAUAGGCAACUGAUAUUGAACCCUAACACUAUACCUUCCAGAAAUAUCAUACCUCCUGAAAUAGGUCCUAUCCCCAAUGGAAAUAUCGAUUUAGGUACAACAAUAGAAGUGUCUUCAGUACCAAAAGCUCCAGGAUUUGCAGUGAUAAGCAAGUCACAAAACAAUCAAAUAAACUAUUAUAAUCCUGAGAACAGAUUCCUCAAUGAUAGAGUUCCAGAUGAUGGAAGAUUUCAAGGUGGAAUACCUGAUCAACCUCUAGUAUUCUCGAGAAUAGAUUCUGUUCAGAACGAAGUGCUCCCUGUGGAUUCAAGAAAUGAUUUCAGUAAUGAAAUAUACCCACAAACAAUUGGAGGAAAUUAUCCAUUACUAAGAAGCACCCAACCAAAUGCUCACAGUAUCUACCCAGAGAGGAGGUAUGAGACGAAAUUGGGAAAUCAAGGGGUGGAUUCAUCACAAAUACAGGUGGCAAACAUUCUCCAGCCCCCAGUAGAAAAUCGUUCACAGGAUUUUCCUGCUCCUGGAGAACGUGCUUUCUAUGAUGACAGCGGGACUGAAGUAUUAUGGAAUAGGUACGGAAGACGUGCUAAAUUUGAGAGGUCUUAGACUUAGAUUUGGAGACAAUUUCUCAGACGAAUUACUAGUCAGUGCAGACAAAGAGGUGAUGGCAUGCAAUGUCUUAUAAUUUCA